CGAGUUUUUGCCUUGCGCUGAUUAACACACGUUUUGCGCCCCCUGCGUGGUUGCGUUUUGAGAGACCUACAGGCGACGAGGACGACUUCGGCGAGAGUCCGGUUAGAUUUUUCCGCGAGACGCAAACCCUCGAGAGUUUAUUGGAAGUUCGAGAGGAUUAGUGUUUUUUUAUUCGAUCUCAUUUGAUUGUUUUUUACUCGAUAAAGCAUUUUUGGCAGAUGAAAAACAACCCUGCGCGCACAUGCUGACUACGAUCGUUUCGGUGAUCGAACGAAAAAAAAAUCGUUCGUGCGUUCUAGGAGUGCUUUGGCAGUGUCAAGUGAAUUUUGGGUGAAAUUGAAGGUCCGCUGUGCAUUCGCGCGCGAGUUUUGGAGGCGUAUUAGACUAGUGAAGAUUUAGACCUUUUUUCGUUAAUGCGCUCCACUGAGCUUCGGAACCCGGAAUAGAACACAGUGAAGAGUGUGUGUUGUUUUUUCGUUUGUCGGUCCGUUCCUUCGUUCGUCCGUGCAUUUCGUCGGAUUACACCCGCACACCCAACCUUUUUUUUCGGCAGAGUUUUUUGACUCAUCGGUCUCUGUUGUUAUGCGAAUUAUUUUUUCGCUAUAUACCACAUAAAACCGUUCCCCACCGGCGGUGUGUUGAGCGCCAACCCAUCCGGACACCCCCGCGCAACCAUUCCGAACCGACGUGGUGUCGUAAAAUUCGUCGUACGUGAGAGCUCGCGGCGGUAGCAUUUUUGUGUUUUCGAAAGCAACUUUUUCCGCCUCCGUUCAAGAGAAGAGAACCCCGAAAAACGACUGAGAAAACCAGACAUCUGAACAGGGAAACCGAAGGAAAAUUUGCUCACAGUGAAUGCGUGUGUAAACGUAAAAAAUCGUGUGCCGAUUGCGGGGACCAUUUAUCGACCGACAGGAAAGUAAACAGAUUCAAACUUCAAAGUGAUAAGAAAGGAAAUUGCCAGUAGACUGUCAAAAUAGGUCGUUUUAGUGUAGUGAUUGGUGUUGAUGAGGUUCGCGAGAAAUUCGGCGAAUCGUCUGGUGCCCUUCGGUAGCACAUUGUGACAGUCCCAUCCUACUCGGGUGAAGUGAUUUUUCGUUCGUGCAGUUCGUCCCGGAAACGGCCGCAAAAUUCUCUCCCUACAACAUCACCACCAUCACCAUCAUCCCCCAACCAGCACCCUGGAGGGUAGAACAAUCGAGUACCGGCCCGGCGGCGGGUUGGACUACCACAACUCGCCGCUGAUGGCCGAGAUCCCUACUGGGGACUACAGCCACAUCCACCGGUCCAUCGACCAACUCCGGUCGAUGAAUGAACGGGGUGUGCUAGGCCAACUGAACGCCCUGAGCGCGGCCAAUUCCACCGAUCUGCGGUCGGCGAUCGUCCAUGACUACAAACCGUACAUCAGCGAUCUACGGCAUCAGCAGAACGACCGGCUGGAUUAUGCCUCCGUGGUGCACAAACAGGUGCUGGAUGAGCAGCGUGCUGCGGCCAACAAUAACAACAACUCCGACAGCGAAAUGCGCCACCCGGAGGAUCAGAAACCUCACCACUACAGUGCACCGUCCACCCCGCCUACGCCACUGUCCAUCACCGAGGCACAGAUGCACGAGUCCAAGCGAUACGGAAUGAAGACGAGCCGCAAUCGGAAGAUCUUCGCCAACAAGGGUGACCUGCAGCUGCACGGUGGUCAGUUGCACAUGCGCGAAACCAAACCGUACAAGUGCUCCCAAUGUACAAAGGCCUUUGCCAACUCGAGCUACCUGUCGCAACACACGCGGAUACACCUCGGCAUCAAACCGUACCGGUGCGAGAUCUGCCAGCGGAAGUUCACCCAGCUGUCGCACCUGCAGCAGCACAUACGAACCCACACCGGUGACAAACCGUACAAGUGUCGCCAUCCGGGCUGCCCUAAAGCCUUCUCGCAGCUCUCGAACCUACAGUCUCACUCCCGAUGCCAUCAGACCGACAAACCGUACAAAUGCAACUCCUGCUACAAGUGCUUCACCGACGAGGCUUCCCUGCUGGAGCACAUACCAAAGCACAAGGAUUCGAAGCAUCUGAAGACGCACAUCUGUCAGCUGUGCGGCAAGUCGUACACCCAGGAAACCUACCUCGCCAAGCACAUGCAGAAACACGCGGAGAAGGAGGAGAAGCGCCGGAAUCGGGGCAACAAUAGCAAUAACAAUAACAACAACAAUAAUAACAAUGCAGCGGCGGCGGCCGCGGCAGCAGCUGCAGCAGGACUCUCAGCAGCCGAUGCGGCCGCUGGCCUAGCAGGUCUGGCUGGACUGGGUCUGAAUCGGAUGGGUGGAAUGGUUGGUAAUGCCGCAGCUGCGACGCUAGUGGCUGCCGGCGGGGAUCAUCCCUACUGGCCGAAGGUUAGUCCAGAUUCGGCAGCUUCCCUGGCGGAGGCAAUGCAGCAGCAACAGCAGCAGCAGUACGAUUUCGCCCUCCAACAGCAACAGCAGCAGCAGCAACAACAACAACAACAGCAGCAGCAGCAACAGCAUAGUGGCGGCGGCGGAGGAAACAAUUCCGGAAAUGACCAUCAUCGCAACCUGAACGGUGGCAAUUCGGCUAAUUCGGACGACGUCGGUGAAGACUUGGUCGUAAUUCGACAAAACCCCCAGCAGCAACAGCAACAACAGCAGCAGCACGUAAACAACCAAACCCCAACGUCAUCGGCGGCAAACGUUGUGGUGACGAGUGGCGGUUACGAUGCGUCGAGCGUCACCAAAACCACCACCAAUUCGGCAUUCACCCCGAUCAAUGCGAUGCCACCACACCUCAACACGCUGGCAGCGGCUCACCAUCAUCAGCAGCUGGCGGCAGCGCAGCGGCCUUCCUACCUGUACGAUGCCAUCAGCUUCCAGAACCAGAAAUCGAUCCAACAGGCCGCGGGCAAUGCGGCCGGUAACAGUUUCCCCAACCAGCUCAUCUCGCUGCAUCAGAUCCGCAACUACGCGCACCAACCGUCGAGUGGGCUGAUAGCGGGCGAACAUCUGCUGAUGGGUGGCGGUGGGGUGAUAGGCAAAACGGAAAAGCAGUAAUAGAACAGCCGUGCGCGCGGGGGUCGGUGCUAGUCGGUAGGCUUUCUUAGGGUUGUCAGCGGGAUUAGGAUUAGGGAUGUGCGGGGUUGAGCACUUAUGUUUGAUCUUUGCGGAGAUCUGGGCUUGGUGAGAAGGGAGGUGGAUGGUUGUCGCUCGACGGAAGCCUAAGGUAUACCAUGAUUAGUGAUCGCAUGGACCGUAAUUGUACAGGAAUGCAUGUUGUAAAUGGCGAUUGUAAGGGUUGGUGAUCGCUUCUUGUGGUUUACUUUUUGCUAAGAGUGUGCGCUAUACCGGAUUAGCCUACAUCUUGCUGGGAGCCCAUUAACGAUCGAGGUUUCAUAGCUCUCUUGAAUCCAUUCUUAAAAAAGAUUGCGCCUGUGGGGUGCUACGAAUCUUCAAUUGUUACUUGACAUUGACGGAAUAUUCCCAAAAUUUAUUCGGAUCAUUCGAAAUUUUCGAAAUGUACCGGGUCGCUUCUACAGCUGCAAAUUCCUUGCCAAACCAUUAGUAUACACUAAGCAGGACAGUUUUAGCGAAAAAUGUCGAACGUCUUACCAACUAAGCUAGUGCUGCUCCCGUGAAAGCUGUUCCUGUAUUCGAUAAUUUGCAUACACGAUUAAACAGGAGGAACUAAAUACUCAAACAGAACGCUGCUUCACUGACGGAGCCUUAAAGAUCUAUUUGAAGAAUCUGUCACAGCAUGGUGGUGUCGUUCCAACUACUGUUCUUUUGAUUUUCAGUGACAGCAUUCCAUUUAAACCUCAAAUCUAGUAGGCCGUUUGUUAUUAAAACUUUUUGAUACCGCCCCAAAGAAACUCUUUCUCCAACAUUCGUACAAGCUGGAGUACUCUUAUCUCCAAUUCUGAUACCCCUUGUUCAACACAAGAACUUAUUUGUACGAUCUAUAAGUAAAACAAGCCGAGCCCAAAUCCCCGAAAAGAUCAAGCGAUAGACACUUCGAAGGUCGUAUUAAAAUUAAACAUUAGACAAAACAGUGGAAAAAAAUCAUUAAACUAAUCGAAGAAAAAACUAAACUCUUGAACGUUUACAGUCAAAAUCCUACCACACCCAUCUUAAGAGCAACAAGCGAAGUAAGGAUUUGAAAAAAGCUUAGCCGGAUUUUUCUGUUAUCCGUAUUUUAUUUAUCCUUUUAUCAUUAUGUAUAUCAAAUCAAGAUCUCGGUGAUUUUAGCGUUUAAGAUCAAAAACACACACACUCACAGACGCAACCACAAAAAGCAUGCCUACUUUGCGGUUUGCUCACAAUUUGGAAGAAAGAAAAAAAGCGGUAACAACUCUCUUCUAUUAGAAAGCAAAACAAAAAUGAAAAUUUCAAACUUCAACAAUAUCGAAUAAGCAAAAAGUGUUUAUAAAAUAUGCAGCAGUUGCAACAGUUACUGUACAUAGAUUACCUUACGAUGAGAAUGAAGGAAGGAACACAGCAACUAGCUCAAGCACAAAACCAGAACGCUGCGAAUGGAAAUGUGUUUAAAUUCCACUAAUUUUUUAGGCUAUAAGCAAACGAAAGGUCUCGAUAGGUUUCCGUGUUCUGUUUUUAUUUUUGUCUCACUGGAACUUCCCUCUCUCCUUCGUUUGUGAUGAUUCUUUUCGCAUUUAUUUUGCUUUUUUUGUCAAUUCAGAGUGUCACUUGAUAUGUUUGAAAAUAAAACACAUUUCUUUUUAAGAGAAAUUCCCGUACUUUUAGUUGAAUGUAGAAAAAAGAUAAAUUUAAGUUAUUUUUUUAUAUAUUUCGUAGAGAGCAUAUUAUUUUCAUCAUUUUCUUUCCUAUUUCGUUGCAAUCGGUACAGCAAAACGAAACAAAAAUACGCAGUGUAAAAUAUACUUAAAAUUACCAUUUUAUAUCUUCAUUUUCAUCUGUAUUGUUUUAAGUUGUUCAACCGAUACUGUAUCAUACUAAAGCUAUUGUAGAAAUCGUAGCAAAUAGGCAUUGGAAUAAUACACAUCUGUAGAAAAUAUGGAAAAACAAAUACUAAAUAUUUAAAGUAUGAGCCCGAUUGUGAAAAGAUAGGUUAAAAGUGCAUCAGAUAUAAAAAAAAAUGAAACGUGGUCGUUGUGAGUGACUGUAGGUAACGAGAGUAUAUGUAAUAGCAUUCUAAGCGAUCUAGCUAAUCGAUAAGCUGGACUAAAUCAAAGGUGUGAUCUUUCUAUCUCUGUACAGACAAAUUUGGUGAUUAAGAAAAAUAUGAUGGAUGAGUAAAUAUUCGAUAUGAUGUAGACUCUAUUAUAAUUAUUAUUAUUAUUAUUAUUACUCUAAUUAUGAUUAUGAAUAACGGAAGCCAUUGGUUGGCUAUGGUCACUCUUGCCAAUCAAUCUGUAGCUAACAGAGCUACAAAUUUAUUGGCCAAGAAUGUCACAAACCAGCAGCUUGGCGGCGGUGGUCUUUAGAAACAUAGGAAAGAGACUAAAUGGAAAAUAAUAAACAAUGUGGAAGACAGUUGAGAAACUGUGCAGGUGAAAGCGUAGCAUUGUAGAUUGUAUAAACAAAUUUUAAAUUAAAUUUAAAACAGAAUAAAAAGUGGUUAUCUAAAAAAUGUAAAACUAA